AUGUCGACGCCAUCGUCUAGAAGUUAUGUGAUUCAAGAAAAGCAACAGCGAGAUGCUACAAGUAAGCUUCACGUGAUCAUCGUAGGAGCUGGCCUAGGCGGUCUAGGCGCCGCCAUCUCGACGCUGCUGGCUGGACAUGAUGUUACAGUUCUAGAAGCCGCCUCAAAUAUCGGCGAGGUCGGUGCGGGCAUCCAAGUUCUGCCCAACGCCGCUCGCAUCCUCUUCUCAUGGGGCUUGGAGGAGAAGCUGGAGAAGUACGCCACAAAGCCUCAGAAGUGCAACUUUAUCGGCUGGAAAGGCAACUUUUUGUCCGAAAUGGAUUAUCACAAGUACGCUGCGGCGGCGGGAGAUUUUCCCUUUUGGGACUUUCAUCGCUCCGACCUCCACCGUUGCCUCCUCGAACGCGCGGUAGAGCUGGGCGUGAAGCUCGAGACGAAGGCAAAGGUCGACACAUUUACAAUCUCGCCGGACAACACGACUGCCACGGUAUACCUCGUCGGUGGCCGGAGCCUGACAUGUGAUCUCCUCGUCGGCGCGGACGGCAUCAACUCCAAGCUGAGGGAGGAGUUCCUAUGCAAGCCGGAUCCACCCCAGCUGACAGGGGACCUGGCCUACCGACUGCUGCUGAACACCGCCGACAUGCUCAAGGAUCCCGAAUUGAGGCACUUUGUGGAGAACCCCCAGGUCAACUACUGGGUUGGGCCGGACAAGCACGCGGUGAACUACGUCCUCAAGGGCGGUCAGCUCUUCAACAUGGUGUUGCUGGUGCCGGACGACAUGCCCGUCAACGGCGGCAACACCCUGCAGGGAAAUAUUGACGAGAUGCGGGGCCACUUUGCAGGCUGGGAUCCCCGCAUAGGCAAGAUGCUCCAGAUGUGCGACGAGGUCCUCAAGUGGCGCCUGUGCAUCCGGCCAGGCCUGGAACCAACGUGGUCCCAUCCGUCGGGCGCCUUCACGAUGCUCGGCGACGCCGUGCACGCGACGCUCCCGUACCUCGCCAGCGGGGCGGGCAUGGCGCUCGAGGACGGAGGGGUCCUGGGUCUCUGCCUCGCUCGACUGACCGACACUUCAGCCGCAUCAAAGCGACAGGCCCUAAGGGUCUACGAGGACUGCCGGCGGGAGCGGACGGAAAGGGUCGUUCGCCGCGGGACAUACAACCAGUGGAUGUAUCACCUACACGACGGCCAGGAGCAGGUCGAGCGGGAUGCAAAGUUCAAGAAGUUUGAAGAAAUGGACGCGAAGUGGCUGAGCGAGGAGUCGGCUGUGUUGCCCGCUUCUCAGGAGACGGGAAAUGACCCCUUUCCGUGGAGGUAUCAUGGGCCCAGCGGUCCUGUCCAGAGGAACCAACACGCGCGUGGCACUCACGAUGGUACGAGAAAGCUGAACGACAGGUCGCUUAAGCAGCGCUUGGUCAAUGUUUUUGGCAUGAAGCGGGAAGCGGUUGAGGAGAACCAGAACGAUGACUUCGCCCACGUGGAGGCACUCCACGAGGCAAUUCACAGCGCCCACUUGUUGAUAUUUGCUGGAUGCUUGCCACGUGCUCAAGACAAACUGCCAAACUUCAAGAUGCGUUCCGCCGUCCUCUUCGCCGCCAUCUCUGGCCUGGCUGCCGCCAACCCCGUAGCCCCCAGGGACACUACGGCCCAGAACGGUAUUGAUCUGAGUGUCUUCGAUUCGGAGCCCAUCCCGACCAAGGUUGGCCCCGCCGUCGGUGCAUCCGUCGAGACUCCCACGUACAACCCGGCUGUCGCCAAGGCUGAAGCCUCAAAGGACGCCGCAGCGAAUCCCAUCGCGGCCUCGAACACGACCCUGGCUGCUCGUGCGGUUCCAUCCGGUUGUGGAGCUCAGCAGCCCGAUGGCUACGGGCCCGUGUCCAGCCCGGACACGUACGACAACUUCAUCGCUGAUCCCCAGUACCCCAGCAUUGCCAAUGCCGCGCCGGUACCCCAAGGUUACUCUCUGUCGUACUCCGCCUUGCAGGGCUCCCAGGAAGGAAACGGAUACCUGGGUCUCUACACCCUGAAGAGCUUUGACACCAUCAAGUGCCAGCAGUACUGCGAUGCCGCCCCUUCCUGCUACGGCAUCAACGUCUACCUGGAGAGGGAUCCCGCGUAUGACCCUACUGAUGCUUGCCCCAACCCGUCGAGCAUUACCAACUACAAGUGCACUCUUUGGGGUCUCGCCGUCACCCCGGAGGGCGCUACCAACGUUGGACAGUGGAGAAACCAGUUCCACGUUGGUAUCAGCGGAUCAAACGGAUACUCCAAGCUCGCGCCCCCGCCGUCCUACGACGGCUUCACCGGCCCCGUCGCCUUCGGCGGCGCCACCCAGGCCCCGAACUCGUACAUGGGAUCCAAGUACUACCCCGGCCCCUACGACCCCAUCCAGUGCGCCGCCGCCUGCAAGGCCAACACCAAGUACGACCACGACCACCCCAGGGCCGACGGCACCUACGACGCCUGCAACUUCUUCAACUCGUACGUCCUGAGCAAGAACAACGUCCCGCAGGGAACCUACUGCUCCCUGUACACCACCUCCUGGGACAAGUCUUACAGCACCAACGUCGGACAGUGGAGAGGAAGCGACUACUACUCCGUCUCUUCCAGCUACGGCUACACCCUCACUGUCCAGGAUCCUGGCCACAUCUAA